AUGUUCCUUGAUCAACAAUUCAAAAUCAAAGAUCUUGGCACUCUUCAUUUUUUCUUGGGACUUGAAGUGACACGUUCCCAAAAAGACAUUGUUCUUAAUCAACGAAAAUAUGCUCUUGAGCUUGUUUCUGAUGCUGGGUUGCUAGCAGUAAAACCCAUGUCUUCUCCCAUGGAUUCAUCAAUUCGCCUUGCUCAUGAUCAGGGUUCUCCACUUGCUGAUGCUGCUUCUUAUAGGCGUCUUAUUGGACGCUUAUUGUACCUGACCACAACUCAUCAUGACAUAAGUUUUGCAGUUCAUCAUCUCUCUCAAUUUGGUUCCAAGCCCAUUGAUAUUCAUCUCUCAGCAGCUCACAGAGUGUUACAUUAUCUCAAGGGAUCCCUAGGCCAUGGUUUGUUUUUUCCAUCCUCGAGUAAUCUUCAUUUUCGUUUUGUCACAGGGUUCUGCCUUUUCAUUGGUUCUUCAUUGGUGUCUUGGAAGUCAAAAAACAAACUAUUGUAUCACAUUCUUCAUCCAAAGCAGAGUACUGUCAUGUGA